UUUCAUUGUCUUUUCACAUCAGGGAAAGAAUAACAAGGAGUUCUUGCUUCAACAGUGUUUGAACGGAACUUCUUCUUUAGCCGGUUGUUUGUUUUGACUAUUCUGCUUUUCGGACAAAACAAAAACUUUUUCUACUUGAACACUACUAAAACUUCGACGUAAAGCUCUAUUUUUGUACCGUUUUGCUAAGAAAAAGCACAAGAAACGCCAGCUAAAAUGGAGUCCCAGGUGCGUCAGAACUACCACCGUGACUGUGAGGCCGCCGUCAACCGAAUGGUCAACAUGGAGCUUUAUGCCUCCUACACUUACACUUCCAUGAAACCAGAGCGUGACGAGUGGGGGAGUGGGCUGGAGGCCAUGCAGUGUGCCCUGCAGCUGGAGAAGAAGGUCAACCAGGCUCUGCUUGACCUGCACAAGCUGGCUACUCAGUAUGCAGACCCUCAUCUGUGUGACUUCUUGGAGAGGCACUAUCUGAACGAACAGGUGGAGCACAUGAAGAAGCUGGGUGACUACAUCACCAACCUGACCCAGAUGGAUGCUGGCAAGAACAAGAUGGCAGAGUACCUGUUUGAUAAGCACACCCUGGAGGGCAAGAGCUAAACACAGAGGCCCAUGAAUGAGACUAGUGUCAGUCUCAGCAACAACAGGCUUCUGCUCCAGUUUACUCACUAAGCUUAAUCUUGUUUCUAACCUUCUUGACCUACAAAGUUCUGUCUUUUGGUGGUUAAAAUGUUAUGGAAGAACAGAUGUCAGCAGGUUACAGCUUUGUUCUGGAUUGUGUCAGCCUCUUCUUGUAACACUUGAGUUUUGAAUGUCUGAUCUGUUGACGCAAAUAAAACAUUUUGAGCUGGA